GCAUGACUGUGCGGAGACAUGCUUCCUCGCUUGUCGCUCCGCCGAGGCUUGCCUUGCGACCUCUCCAGGGCUUGGAAGCCGAUCCUGCGAGCGCCGCAUCUGGUCGCCUUGACACAUGCGCAGAAUCCUCCUAGCGUUUGAAACGCUGAAGCGACUUCCCGGACGAGAACAGGAACAGUUGCGGAGGCAAGUUUGUCGAAGUGGUACACCGGUACUCGACCUUCGCUACCAAGGCCCGCACACACAUUUGGGCAUGCUCCUGAAGCAGAGAGGGCGCGUUAUAUCAGUAGCGUGUGUCAGCACCUCGAGCACUUUGCCCCCAGAGAUCUGCUCGAGGUCGCCGCUCAUUAGGGGCACUGCAUCCGUUAACGCGCCUAUAGUACCAAUGAUAUCGUUCAGCUAGUCUGACCGCGUAAAGACGGCCAUGAGAAUACAAAGCUUUUCGUGCGC